GCUGAUAGUUUGCCAGUUCUCAAGGCUAAAUACGGCUACUAUUCCGUUUACGAGAGAUGUGGGGCUCAGAUCGCGGAUAUGAUAGCCCAGGCCCCCAAGUUCAAGCUGUUCCUACCCAGACUUACAUUCCCUCUGGAUGUCGGCUGCCUCCGUGCGAUACCGAGGUUUUCACCGGAGAUUAUCUGCGGUGGCCGAUUUAGGGACCUGUUUACGGCCAUUUACAUAAACAAUCCAAGGCUGACGCCAGUCGAAAAAUUGUUUCACCUAAAUGCCAAAACAAGCGGUGAUGCACACACGAUAGUGUCAAACUCCCCCCUUACUAAUGACGGCUUUCGCUCAGCUUGGGCUAACCUAUCUGAGCGUUUCGAAAACAAGCGGUUGUUAGUAAAUAGCCAAUUGAAAAUACUUUUCAAUGUGCAGUCCGUUAAUCAGGAAUUUGGGUCAGCUAUCCGUGAACUUCAACGUACCAUCCAGGGUUGCCUUACGGCUUUAGAAAUGUCCGGAAUUGAAACAGAAAAUUGGGAUUGCCUCCUAGUGUACAUGUGCUCCUCCAAACUUCCUAAGCUCACGCUAUCCUUGUGGGAACAGUCCCUGCACAAUAAGGCAGAGAUUCCGACGUGGCAGGAACUGAACGCCUUCCUUACGGAGCGUCACCGGCCCUUAGAAGCCAUAGACGACGUACGGCCGUCGGGAUCGAGCCUCGCUCUGCCAAAAACAUCCGCCCCCACUGCAGCGCCUCGAAGAAUAAAUUCUUACGAGACAAGGGUAGCACCCAAGCCAAAAGGACGUGACCUUUGUAAGAAGGAAAACCAUCCUGUCCGCACAUGUGCACGGUUCCUCCAGAUGACGGUCGACGAGCGUUCGACAUACAUAAAGAGGAAGCAGCUGUGUCUAAACUGCUUCGCACGAGGGCACCAGCUGCGUGAUUGUGAGAGCACUCAUAGUUGCUUUACGUGCCGCGGCCGCCAUCACACCUUACUACACAGAGGCAACUCCUCCCAAUCGCCUUCGAAUCCCGCCCCAAGACCCAGAUCAAGACCAAGUACACCAGUUGCCACCGCUUCCCGGUCCACGGACUCUACAGUACAAAACUACUUCGCGACGGGGUAUAGAUCCGUCUUGCUGGGCACCGCCAUAAUUGACAUAUGUCACUUGGGGUCGAAUUUUAAAGCUCGUGCCUUGAUAGAUUCAGGAUCAGAGGCAACCUUCAUUUCUGAGCGGCUGUUCAAACUAAUUAAGUUGCCACACCAGGUAAUCCGAGCCCAAGUAUCAGGCUUAAACCAGACAGUAUCCGCUGAAUCCAAAAAGCUCUGUCAGCUUACCAUCCGUUCUCCGACCAGGCCUGGCUUGCAAAUAAACACGACGGCCUAUGUUCUUCCUCAAUUAGCUGGAAACCUUCCAUCUUGUCCGAUUCCGCAACAGUUUCUACGGGAUCUUCCCGAACUGUCACUAGCGGAUCCAAAGUUUUACGAGAGUGCACAGAUAGAUAUUCUGGUCGGGGCCGACAUACUGCCAUCCAUUCUCCUAAGCGGCACACGGCCGAAUAUUUGUGGCUCUCUCCUCGGGCAAGAAACCAUUUUCGGGUGGAUCCUAACAGGACCCGUUCCUGCUCCAAGGGAAAAUAGAUUUCCGUUUUUUCCACACGAAUCUCCCACACAGUUGACACGUCCCUGGAUAGGCUUCUCACCAAAUUUUGGGAGGUGGAGGAUCUGCCAGAAUGUGACAAAAUCUUCCGAUUUGGCUUGUGAGGAAAAUUUUCUCCGAACGACUACGAGAGACGAUAACGGCAGGUAUAUCGUAAGUCUUCCGUUUCGUGAUCCUCAAAACGUAAAAUCCGCCCUCGGUCACUCCAGAUCCUCCGCGUUGUCGCAGUUCCUAAGAACCGAGCAACGCCUGAAGAGGGACUGUCAGCUGAAAGCCAAAUACGACUCCGUGAUUCAAGAGUAUCUCGACCUCAAUCACAUGAAAGAGGUCCGUCCUACCCAUAAUUCUGCCAGUUAUUACCUUUCGCAUCAUGCCGUGCUCAAGCCGGAAAGUACAACCACUAAGUUAUGUGUGGUUUUCAAUGCCUCCAGCCCUUCAGAGAAUGGGGUCAGCUUAAAUGAUAUCCUUCAUGCUGGCCCAGUCUUACAGUCCGAUCUAACUAUCCAGAUCCUGAAGUGGCGAUAUUUCCGAUACGUCUACAGUGCCGACAUCGAGAAAAUGUAUCGGCAGAUAUGGAUAGAUCCGAAGCAUUCCCCGUUCCAACGCAUUUUAUUCCGCAACAGCGAGGGGCACAUUCGAGAUUUCGAAUUACAGACGGUAACUUUUGGAGUCAAUUGCGCGCCAUUCCUGGCCAUUCGAGUCCUGCAACAGUUGGCAACUGACGUGCAGCUCAGCCAUCCAAGAGCGAGCAAUGUCAUUCGAAAUAAUAUGUAUGUAGACGAUGUCCUUUCGGGAGCUGACUCCGCCGAGGACGCUAAGUCCAUUGUUCGCGAGCUACAAAGUGCUCUAGAUUCCGAGGGGUUUCCACUGAGAAAAUGGACCUCCAACAACAAAGAAAUAUUAGCUCGACAAGUCCUUUCCCAAAUUGCCAAGCUAUUUGAUCCAGCAGGCUGGCUCGCUCCAUUUUUUGUGUGUGCCAAAAUCUUUAUGCAAGAGAUUUGGCUUCAGGAUCUAGGCUGGGACGAUAAACUUCCAAUUGAGCUGUGCCAAAGGUGGAACAGCUUUCUCCAGAGCUAUUCGGUCCUAGACCAGGUCAGAAUACCCAGAUGGGUUUCCUUCCGUCCAGAGUUCCGCGUAGAGCAUCACGGAUUCUGUGACGCCUCGCAAAAGGCAUACGGUGCUGCGAUCUAUGUGCGCGUAGAAGUGGGCCAUAAGACGAUGGUGCACUUGCUCACGGCCAAGACGCGUGUGGCGCCAGUCAAAACGGUGUCCCUUCCCAGGCUGGAGUUAUGUGGGGCUCUCCUUUUGUCCGAGAUAGCCGAAGCCAUUCUUCCAAACAUGCCGAUGCUGACCUCAAAAUUCCAUUGUUGGACCGAUUCCACGAUUGUGCUAGCAUGGUUAGCAAAACCAGCGUGCCAUUGGACUACGUUCGUUGCCAACAGGGUGACGAAGAUCACCGAGUCCACUGAGGCGGCCAAUUGGUCUCACGUUCAAUCCGAACAUAAUCCAGCUGAUUUGGCUAGUCGAGGAGUUCCCCUUCAAGAGCUGGUGGAUAACCCGCUUUGGUGGCAUGGACCCACUUGGCUGCAACGUCCACGCGAUCAUUGGCCCAGCCAGGGAACCGACCUGCCGGUGACUGAGAUCGAAAAGCGUGCCGUUAAAGUCCAUGUGGCGUCUAUGCCGUCAGAAGAUUUCCUAGAUCGCUUUUCCAAUUUAGAUAGAGCUUUGCGGGUCCUCGCGUAUGUCCAUCGAUGUGUCCAACGACGUCGAAGACAAUCACCGCCUUCCGGGGUCCGUCUAGAGGCCCAGGACGUUGCCGCCGCGGAAGAACUCAUGACGAUUUGCACUCAGCGCAGGUAUUUUUCCGAAGAAUACCGCUGCUUGAGUCAGAAGCGUCCUGUGCCCGCGACGAGUUUGAUUCUCUCCCUGAACCCCUUUCUAGAUAAGAAAGGGGUAAUCAGGGCAUGCGGCCGCGUAACGGCCUCCGACAGUUUGCGGUAUGAUGAACGACAUCCGAUAAUCCUGCCGUACGAAUGUGCACUCUCGCGGCUUCUGGUCAAAUUCACGCAUCUCAUUACGUUGCAUGGUGGCAACCAGUUAGUGGUGCGUCUCACUCGGUCCAGAUACUGGGUUCCGAGAAUAAAGAACUUGGUGAAGGCAGUGGUUAACUCCUGCAAGGUCUGCGUUAUCCACAAAAAGAGAUUGCAAGUCCAGAUGAUGGGAAGUUUUCCGAAAGAGCGAGUGUCCAUUUCCCGCCCGUUCACGUACACAGGGAUGGACUACGCCGGCCCGUUUGACAUAAAAAAUUAUACCGGAAGAGCUUGUCUCAUUACGAAAGGGUAUGUGUUGGUUUCCGUUUGUUUUUCUACAAAGGCCAUCCAUCUAGAGCCUACAUCCGACUUAACGACUGAAAAGUUUCUUGCCGCUUUCGCUCGUUUCGUCUCUAGAAGAGGGUGUCCUCGCCAAGUCCAAUCCGACAAUGGAAAGACCUUCGUCGGCGCCUCCACCGUGCUUUCCCGAGACUUCCUGCAAGCCGUUAAGGAGUCUGUGACCGAUGCCUAUAGUCAUCAGCAGCUCACCUGGCAAUUCAUUUCCUGGGGCACCCCAUAUGGGAGGCCUAUGGGAAGCUGGUGUCAAGAGCUUCAAGACCUUGUUUUACAAGUCCACCGCUACGCGGAAGUA